GGCGUACUCACGCUGGAAAAGCCUCGGCCGUUCCAUAUUUGCUCGAGUUUUUGUGAUCGGUGGUGUGACGGCUGUCGGUAUAUCCUAUUUGGCAUCGCCAGUGUUUGCCACAGACCUACAGGCGCACUGUCCAUCAUUGCCAUGGAGUCAUAAGGGCCCUUUAUCUGCAUUCGAUCACGCGUCUCUCAGACGAGGUUACCAAGUUUACAAGGAAGUAUGUGCAGCUUGUCACAGUAUGCAAUAUAUGGCCUAUCGUCAUCUGGUUAACGCGGUAUUGACCCAACAAGAGGCAAAAGCCGAUGCUUCCGAGAUUCGCGUUGUUGAUGGACCCGAUGAUGAGGGGAAAAUGUUCGAGCGUCCUGGUCGCCUAACUGAUACUCUUCCAUCUCCAUAUGCAAACACUGAAGAGGCCAGGGCUGCCAACAACGGUGCCGCUCCUCCCGAUCUGACCUUCAUAGUCAAGGCCCGUCACGGGAACGAAGAUUACGUCUUUCAUUUGCUCACAGGUUACUGUGACCCUCCACAUGGUCGGACUGUUGCUGACGGACAGUACUACAAUCCGUACUUCCCAGGUGGAGCCAUAAGUAUGGCCCGAGCGUUGUACGACGACAUGCUGGAAUACGAGGAUGGGACUCGAGCAACUACGAGUCAGAUGGCAAAGGAUGUGGUAUCCUUUUUGUGCUGGACCGCGGACAGAAAUCAUGAUCAACGCAAGCGCUUUUUAUUCAAGACCAUGGUCGUUUUGACCCUUGGACUGAUAAUCGUGGGUGUGUCGAAGAGGAAACGCUGGAGCAACAUUAAAUCACGAAAGUUGGUGUACAAAAAUAGACCGAUACCGAAAGACGUCUGAUCCACGUUCGCCAUUGUCCUAUACUCUUCCGGUUUGUAUGAAAUCGUGCGCCUCUCACCUUAUUAUACACAGAUCGGCCAAAGACCGUUUCUUCGAAGUCGAACCUGGUGCUUUAGUUUAUCCAGCGGUAGUAAAUAAAACCGUUUUGUA